ACAAAUACACGCCCACUUCUUGUGUGUGCAUUCGCCGAACCCCUUCAAUUCAAUCUUAAUCUUAAUUAGAAGAAGUAAAUGAAUUGUAAAAUUAAAUUGUAAUUGUGUGAUUUUGGUGACAGACUAAACUUCUCCACAAUGUCGAGCACCAAAUCCAACAACUCUGGUGAAGGCAGCAGCACGUCGUGUGAAUCCUCUGGCUUUUUGACUGCCCUGCAAAAGGAGAGAAUAGAAAUAAACCGGCUAAGGGCUCUGAAGCUAAAGGAAUUGAGAGAGAAAACCAAGCCCUACACAAAUAAAAAAUGGUCAAGUUUUGGUGGUGAUGAUAAGGCAGCAUUUUUUGACAAAGACAAAAAUGUAAUGAGAGUUCAAGGCACCAAAAUGAUUGACACAAAAGGUGGAUUCUUCAUUAAAGAAACUGAUGGCGAAACAGAGAAAGAGAUAAAAAUAACUGAGGAUCCGCAACCCAUUGUGAAUGACCUUGAUAGACCUGAAUGUUUGGAAUGCAGCGAAUCAUUUGACGAUUCAUUCCUGCUGAACAAUUUUGAUUAUUCCGUUUGUGACAAAUGCAAAAACCAAGAUGAGCAACACGCACUAAUCACAAAAACCGACGCCAAAAACACUUAUUUACUCAAAGAUUGUGAUCUGGAUAAAAGGGAGCCUCCGUUGAAGUUUCUCCUUCGCAAGAACCCCCAUGAUGUCAGAUGGGGAGAGAUGAAAUUGUAUCUGCAGCUGCAGGUUGAAGAAAGGGCCCUCGAAGUCUGGGGAAAUCUUGAGGAGAUUGAAUUGGAAAGAGAACGGCGAGAUGAAAAGAGGGAGAAGAGCAAAGCCAAGAAGUAUAGCAAACACAUGAAAGGCUUGAGGAUGCAGGUGAGGAGCAGUCUUUACGACAAGACGAAAGCAAAUCAUGAGCACGAAUUUGGACCAGAAACAGAUCUUGGUGAUGAUAAUUACUCCCACACUUGCACCACUUGUGGUUACGAAGAAACCUUUGAGAAAAUGUAAUUCUGAGCAAAACUUUAAAAACUUA